AUUCAGAAUUUUAAAAAUUUUCGAACGUGCGACAUCUAUCGAUUGUUUACAUUGGCGAUAAUCGAUUAUCAUUUCGAUGAUGAAAUUCGAAUGUUUUGAUUUUUGAAUUUUUGUUUACAAUCGAAAUGUCUAAUUGUAAUCGAAUUAUUGCUUUAAUCGAUAUGGAUUGUUUUUAUGUUCAAUGUGAACAACGUUUAGAACCGGAUAAAUGGCUAAAACCAUGUGCUGUAGCACAAUACAAUAAUUGGAAAGGUGGUGGAAUUAUAGCCGUUAAUUAUGAGGCACGUUCUUUUGGAAUUAAACGUGGUAUGAGGGGUGAUCAAGCUAAACAAUUGUGUCCAGAAUUGCAUAUUUUUCGUGUACCCGAUGAAAAUGGUAAAGCUAAAUUGGAUAAAUAUCGUGAUGCCAGUACAGAAGUUUUUCAAGCUAUUGCUGAUUUUAUUGACGAACAAGAAAAAACAAUGGAAACGGAUGAUCUGGUCAUUUUGGAACGAGCAUCAGUGGAUGAAGCAUUUUUAGAUCUAACUAAAAUGAUCGAUGCCAAACCAUUAAUGUUGCCCGAUCUCGAUGAUUUGACAUCGUUCAAUACAAAACUUGAAUUUGAUAAUCAUUCAAUGGCAGAAUGGUUUUAUCGAUUUGAAAAUGGUACCGUAAAUCAUCAAGAAGAUAUCCGUUUGGUAAUGGCUGCCAUAUUUGUUGGCCAGAUACGACAGAAAAUCCUCGAGCGAACACAAUUCAAAUGUUCAGCGGGUAUUAGCCACAAUAAAAUGUUAUCAAAACUGGCUUGUGGCUUGAACAAGCCAAAUGCACAAACCAUAUUACCGAUGAUGGCUGUACCAUCAUUAUUCAAACGAAUUGAUAUCAGUGAUGUACGAUUAUUAGGCGGGAAACUUGGACGUCAAAUCAAAGAAAUAUUUGACAUUCAAACAAUGUAUCAACUUAGCCAAUUGAAUCGAUUUGUAUUGAAUGAAAAAUUCGAUGAUAAAACCGCUGAAUGGUUAUAUGAUCUGGCCAAUGGUUUCGAUAAUGAACAGGUAUCGGAUCGUCGUUUAACAAAAUCACUUGGAUGUGGUAAAAAUUUUCGUGGUAAAAAUGCCUUAAAUCGUAUAGAAGAUGUAGAUCAUUGGAUCAAAGCAUUACUUAAAGAACUUUAUGAACGAAUGAUGAAAGAUCGAGAAAUGAAUGACCGAUUAGCUAAAUUACUUAUUGUUGGUUAUUAUACAGCUGGUAAAGGUCAUUGUCAUCGAUCCAUUACUAUUGAUAUUACAUCGGGAAAUUAUCCACCUUCGGAACGUAUAGCUGCUGAUAUAAUGCAACAAGUAUUUUCCAAAUCAUCAACAACGAUUGCACAGGAUCCAUUACAAAAUCUAUCAUUAGCUGCGACAAAAUUUGUUGAUACAACCAACCUACCUGGUGGUGAUAAUGGAAUGGAAAAAAUUGAAAAAUUUUUCCCCAAAAUUGAUCGUAAUACAUUUGUCGAACAUCAAUCGACAAAAAAUCAAUCCAUUCAACCACAACAACAACAACAAUCGGAUCAUCAACCAAAUAAAAAAUCUAAAAGUCCAAUGAAAAAACGGCCACCAAUUACCAAUGUACAAUCGAAUACAAUGGAUCGAUAUCUAAACCAGCAGCAACGUCCAACAACGUCCACCGCUGUAAACAACAACAAAGCCGAUGAUAAAAUCGAUCUAAAUGAUCCGAAUGUUCGCCAACUUAAUAAUGAAAUGAAUCAAUUAUUGGAUUCAUUUUUUUAUGGUAAAAUCUUGUGGAUGCUAGAAAAUAAUCAAUGGAAAGAAACGUAAUUUUUUUCAAAAUUUUUAUUUUAUUAAAUGUUUAUUAUUCAUCAUCA